UUCCUGUUUUUAGUUGGAUAAACAAAGCAACUAGGGAUUUGAAUAUUCAUUAAAUCAAAGAAUAUGCAAGCAGUCAAGAAAAUCCCCCUAAAUAAUUAAAGAGGAUUCCAAUAAUACCUCGAGUAAAUCAGAUAUUUCCAUAUCAGUGACUUAAAACCCACAAUUAAAAAACAUAAUUAAAGAAGUGUAAAAUGAAAAAUUGAAAAGGAAAAGAAUAAAGGGGCAAAAUUAGAAAAACACAAAAGAGAUGCAGACUGGAUAAAAUUCAAGAAUUAAAAAUUAAAAAGAAAAAACCUGGUAUUAGAGAACAGCCCACUGGAAAGCAAAGUAAUGGCCCCUGGUUUUCACUUCCUCAAACAAACCAACUGUGUAUUUUCCUUUUAGCUAUUAUAACCCUCUUUCACUAACUUCCAAUUUUAAUUUCCCAUUUAUAUACCCCAUCCAUCUCCCAUUCCCUUCACCUUCUCCUCCUUCUUCUUGUUCAAUAACAACAGAGAGAUGCAUACUUUAACAUCAUCUCCUGUAUCCUGUUCUUGUACUUGUACUGUUUCAUACUAAACACAUUAGGAUUAAAAAGAAAAACAGUAUCAUACAUCACCAGUUACAUAUAUUUGUUUACUUUUAUUUAUAUAGGACACGCAUAGAAAGAGAGACCUAUACCUUUCCUUUUCUUGUUUUCCUCUGUUUUUCUUGUUUCCUCUGUUUUAAUUUUGCAUUUUCUCUUCAUUUUAAGCGUUACCCAUCUUUCAAAAACUUAUAUUUCAGUUGAAUUUUGACAUCUCUGAUCGCGAGAAGCCCAAUUCUUGCAUUUUCCUGGAUUCCCAUUUCAUAAUCUUGUGUUCUUGUUUUCUGGGUUUGGUUGGGAAUUUUUGAAUUGUGACACAAAGGCUGAAUGGGGAUUGAAACAAGUGUGGCUAAAAGGAAAGGAAAGGAGUUUGGUGAAGUGGAAAAAGAAAAGAAUCCAAUUCUCAACAAUACCAAUACCAGAGGUGGAAAAAAGGCCGCGCGGGGACGCCACAUCAAGAAGACGGCGGUUGUGUCACCGGUCCAAAAACUUUAUGAUACCUGCAAGGAUGUCUUUAGCAUUGGUGGACCAGGAGUUGUUCCUGCUCCAGAUAAAAUUGAAAAGCUAAGGGCAGUUUUGGACGUUAUCACACCAGAGGAUGUUGGUCUGCAUCCGGAAAUGCCAUAUUUCCGUUUACCUGUGGCUGGGAGAGCCCCUCCAAUACGAUACCUGCAUAUUCAUGAAUGUAACAAGUUCUCGAUAGGUAUCUUCUGCUUCCCCCCAUCAGGUGUCAUUCCACUUCAUAAUCAUCCUGGGAUGACUGUAUUUAGCAAGCUACUGUUUGGAAAGAUGCAUAUCAAAUCAUAUGACUGGGUGGAUGAGGACUCUGUCAACGGGUCUGCAGUGGUGAAUCCUUCUGAAGUGGCUUUUGUUAAUGCAGUGAAGCAGCCUAAUGUCCAGCAACCCGAAGUGAAUCAGCCUGAAGUCCAGCAACCGGAAGAGAAGCAGCCUGAAAUCACGCAAUUGGAAGAGAAGCAGCCUGAAGUCCCUCAAUUGGAAGAGAAGCAGCCUGAAAUCCAGUCACCGGAAGAGAAGCAGCUUGAAAUCCAGCAAUCGGAAGAGAAGCAGCCUGAAGUGAAGCAGACUGAAUUCCAGCCACUGCAAGGGAAGCAGCACGACGUCCAACGACCUUCAGUACGACUGGCUAAAGUCAAGAUUGACUCUGACUUCACUGCCCCUUGCAACCCUUGCAUCCUUUAUCCUGUUGAUGGAGGCAACAUGCAUUGCUUUACAGCAGCGACAGCAUGUGCAGUGCUAGAUGUUCUUGGCCCCCCAUAUUCAGAUCCUGAAGGUCGGCAUUGCACAUACUAUAAUGACUUCCCAUUUGCCAAUUUCUCAGUUGAUGGUGUCUCCUUGCCCGAAGAGGAGAGGGAAGGUUAUGCAUGGCUUCAAGAAAGGACGAAGCAGCCAGACGAUUUCAAAAUGGUAGGAGAAUUGUAUAGAGGCCCAAAAAUCGUCAAGAAAUGAGCGAACCCGUCUAUGCUAUUAUCUUCCCUAUGCCUUGUUAAAUCAUUGGUUGCUGGCGCUUCUGUAGCAGACCACAGUAGAGCUUUUAUUUUAUUUUUACCAUUAUCUUCUUGUCACUUUUCUUUUUUUAUCUUUUUAUCUUGUGGGACGUGAGGCACUUGGUGGCUUCUUUUUUUUUUUCUUUUUUUCCUCAAUAGUUUCUGUACAUAAAAGGUUAAAAGAGAAAGGACAAAAGUAUUGUAGGUGCACCGGAAAGAGGUCGAUAGUGGAAUGAGAAAAUGUUAAAAGUGCACUUUUGUGGGUCA